CUCCGCAGGGCGCUACGGUUGUCAGGGUCCCUCCCGGAGCCCAGGGAGCAAAGCGGGGUCGAGAAGGAGCACCUGAAGCAGCGCAACAAGCAGGUCCCGACCCGCCGGAGAUCACGCGUUGAGUCUGUGGCCCAAACCGCCCGCCGCCUCCGAGCAGUCGCCGGAUUGCCGCCCCACAGGGAGCCACUCGGCCCAAGGACUAACCCAGCCCCGGCACUCUCGCUCAGGAGAGGCUCUGCAGGCCGGCAUUCAGGCUGGCGAGCUCGCCCACGCAUCUCAGCCCAAGCAGUGGUCGUCUGGCUUGCGAAGAUGUCGGCCAAGCCCGCUGUCGGCUUCGUGAACGAGGCUUCUCAGCAGAUCCUGGCCGGUGGUUCCGCUGAGUUCCAGCCCUUCUGAUCUGCACAGCCUGUGAUGAUUCAAAAUGGCAGGCGUGGGACUUCCCUGGUGGUCCAGUGGGUCUUGUAGAAAUUUGCCUGAUGCACCCUCUCGAUGUGGUGAAAACCAGGUUCCAGAUUCAGAGACGUGCAACUGAUCCAAACAGUUACAAAAGCUUAGGACACAGCUUUCGAAUGAUUUUCCGCACAGAAGGGUUGUUCGGUUUUUACAAGGGAAUUCUGCCACCCAUCUUGGCUGAAACACCAAAAAGAGCAGUGAAGUUUUUCACCUUUGAGCAGUACAAGAAAUUGCUAGGAUAUGUGUCACUGUCACCAGCAUUGACCUUUGCCAUUGCUGGAUUGGGAUCUGGACUAACAGAAGCCAUUGUGGUCAACCCUUUUGAGGUAGUAAAAGUUGGCUUGCAAGCCAAUCGGAACAAAUUUACAGAGCAACCAUCCACCAUGAGUUACGCAAGACACAUCAUUAAGAAGGAAGGCUUGGGAUUCCAGGGCCUCAACAAAGGAUUUACAGCAACUUUGGGACGUCACGGAGUUUUCAACAUGGUUUAUUUCGGCUUCUACUACAAUGUCAAAAACAUUAUUCCUGUCAAUAAGGAUCCAACCUUGGAGUUUCUGAGAAAAUUUGGGGUUGGUCUUCUCUCGGGCACAAUAGCCUCAGUCAUUAACAUCCCUUUUGAUGUUGCCAAAAGUAGGAUUCAAGGGCCUCAGCCAGUUCCUGGAGAGAUCAAGUACAGAACCUGUUUUAAAACAAUGGCCACAGUCUAUCAGGAAGAAGGCAUUUUAGCUUUGUAUAAAGGCCUGCUUCCCAAGAUUAUGAGGCUUGGACCAGGUGGUGCAGUGAUGCUGCUGGUUUAUGAAUACACCUAUUCAUGGCUUCAGGAGAACUGGUGAUUGCCUACAGAGUAUUUUUCCCCCUUGUGAUAAUGGAUAUUCAUUAUACAGCACCAUGAGAAGAAGAGAAUAUCGAUCAGCUGAGCUGAUAUAGUGAUAAAUUAUAAUUAUACAACUAUACACAAUUAUAGAGGGCAAAACAGUUCAAGAACAAAACCUAUUUUGAUACUUCAAAAAUUAUCUCUAGACAAUUAGAAACUGUCGUUUUGGUCAAAUCCAUAAAACUGUGAGAAGAAAAUUACUACUGUGAAGCAAUGAGGUAUAUAAACUGAAUAUAGAAAAACAGCAUGAAAUCAGAUAUAUUUCCUAAAAGCAAUAUAAAUUUUAUGACCUAUGUUCCUCUUACAAGGCUUCACAAGGAAAAUUCAUUGUGUUGAUGAUUAUUUUCUCCCAAAAGGUCAAGAAGUGCUUAAAAGGGAAAAAAAAUUAAGCCAAAAUUUAAACAGUUUUUAUAAGGAAUUAAAUUCUUCCAUAAGUGGUAUUUAAUGAUAUA